AGAUGCUUUUUUUCAUUUUUAUCAUCGCUGGUCCCUUUCCUGUGCUUUAUUAAAAGUCUAGUUCGGUUCGCUUAUCUUGAAAACUCAUUUCGAUACCAGAGAACCAUCUGAAAUCAAAUUUAAACUUGACACAAUGACGAUAUACAUCAAUUUUAUAGUCAUAGUUUUGGCAUUCGCAGUCACUCGAGGAGAUAAAGUUUGCGAAAAAGAAGAAUUCGAAUCGUUCUACGAAAAACUAGUAGAAAUUUUAGUCAAACGAGAAAGAGUAGGAGCACAGUCAACUUUACGGGAAUUCAAAGAAGAUCGAAAAAAUGUAUACGAAUGUGGAGAAUUUCUACUCUCCAAGCUGAAGGAAUACGAUGCCAAAAACGAAACAGCUUUGACCAAAGAGGAGAAAACAUCAAUACGAGACGAGUACAGUUUACUAGUGAGUUGGAUAGUUGCUUGUGAUACAGUUGAACUUUGGGCUGGAGAAAAGAAAGGUGGCACUAUCGCUUCAGCCAUUUAUCAUUUCUUGGGAGGUAAUCCAGCCGAUGUGAUUGGUCCAAGAGACGAAGAAGACAAACUGACUCAUAUAACUUACCCUAAAUAAUAAGCAUAAAUAAGUAAAUCAAUCAAUCAGUAAACAAUUUGUAUUAUA